CGAGCCAAGAACGCCACGUCCAUCCUCAUCGCCAUCGUGAUCACCGCGCUCUACUCCGUGGUGUGCGUGGUGGGGCUGCUGGGCAACAUCCUGGUGAUGUACGGCAUCGUCAGGUACACCAAGAUGAAGACAGCCACCAACAUCUACAUCUUCAACCUGGCGCUGGCAGACGCACUGGCCACCAGCACACUGCCCUUCCAGAGUGCCAAGUACCUGAUGGAGACCUGGCCCUUUGGGGAGCUGCUCUGCAAGGUUGUGCUCUCCAUUGACUACUACAACAUGUUCACCAGUAUCUUCACCCUCACCAUGAUGAGUGUGGAUCGCUACAUCGCCGUGUGCCACCCGGUCAAGGCCUUGGACUUCCGCACACCGGCCAAGGCCAAGAUCAUCAAUGUGUGCAUCUGGGUGCUCUCCUCCCUCAUUGGGGUGCCCAUCAUGAUCAUGGCAGUCACCAAGUCAAAAGAUGGAAUGGUGCUGUGCACCCUCCAGUUUCCUGAUCCUCCCAUCUACUGGGACACUGUCACCAAGAUCUGUGUCUUUAUCUUCGCCUUCCUGGUCCCCAUCUUGGUCAUCACCAUCUGCUAUGGGUUGAUGAUCCUCCGCCUGAAGAGCGUUCGCCUCCUCUCGGGCUCCAAGGAGAAGGAUCGCAACCUGCGGCGCAUCACGCGCAUGGUGCUGGUGGUGGUGGCAGCCUUCAUCAUCUGCUGGACACCCAUCCACAUCUUCGUCAUCGUCUGGACGCUGGUGGACAUAGACAAGAAGAACCCCUACGUGGUGGCCAGUCUGCACUUCUGCAUCGCCCUGGGCUACACCAACAGCAGCCUCAACCCUGUCCUCUAUGCUUUCCUGGAUGAGAACUUCAAGAGGUGUUUCCGAGAGUUCUGUCUGCCCUUCCGAGCCCGCGGGGACCAGAACAGCUUCUCCCGUGCCAGGAACACCACGCGGGAGCACGUCUCCACCUGCACCCCUUCGGAAGCUCGCAACAAGCCGGCAUGACUAGACGUGGGCAGCCCCCAGAGGGGCUGCC